CCCUUCCUUAACCCAUAUGUGGCCCUUUUCUCUAUCCUAUCCAGCAACCGACUCAACAGGCCCAUUGAGAAUCUUCUAAUGUGAAUGUUCUCAGGAAUCGGUUCUAUAACAUAAGGGUACAUUUUCUGCUGUUCGACUCCGGACAGACCUACUGCAUAAUGGAUCAGUUUUGGUCCGCACCUCCUGUCACCAGGACUCUAUCUGCACUUACAUUCAUCCAGUCUGCUCUAGUAUAUGCUGGUUUUUUGAAUGGUUACUAUAUCGUCUUUCAACGCCACCUUUUGAUCAAGCUUCUACCAGAGGUCUGGAGGUUGGUCACACCAUUCAUGGUCACACGGCCUAAGCUUUUCCUAUUCCUGGAUGUCUACUUCAUGUACACUUAUGGCAGCUCUCUGGAAACCGGAUCGCCUAGGUUAUCCGGUCCCGGCGACUUCUUCGUGUAUACAAUGUUUGUAGCUCUGAUCAUCAUGCUCACCGCAGGCUGUUUGCUGGGAAGCGUAACUUUUACCUCUGCUCUGAUCUUGGCCUUCAUUUAUACGUUCUCUCAGGAAAAUCGUGGUAGAAAGACGACUUUCUUCGUGGUUCAGAUACCCGUUGAAUAUCUACCUUGGGCAGUACUUGCAGUCACCUUAGUCAUGGCUGGAUGGCCUGCGGUCCUAAGCGAUGGUAUGGGUAUAGUCGCUGCCCACUUGUAUGAUUUCCUCACGUGUAUAUAUCCAGCAUUUGGAGGUGGUCAAAACUACCUUAUGACGCCGGCAUUCAUCAGGAGAUUUUUCUCCGCUUUCACGCCGCGUGCUGGUUACCGAGCUUAUGGAACAGCCUUUCAGCCAGUGAACCAGACGGCAACCUCCCACUCUGAUGGGUGGACUUCCUCGUUCCAGGGACCAUGGAGUCGGAGGGGUCCAGGCAGACGACUCGGGGCUAACUGAGAUGAGGGCUCAACACUAUUUACGGAGAGAAGGGCUUUCUUUGCCAAGGUGGAGGCGGAGCAUAAGAACGAACAUGCAGCAAUGUACCAGCAGCAGGACUUCAUAGUAGUUUCAGACACAAGCAACUUUGCAGGUGGAGUGCAGUAACUGCGACUCGAUGUUUCCAUAGCCAUUGGUUAGGUAACGAGUGAUGCCCAAC